UUGAUCCAAUGGUUAAAUCGAUGCAUCUCCUAAUUAGUAAGUUUGAAUUAUUAAUGCACAAAAAGGCCAGGAGUAGGGGAUUGGAGAGGGCAACAGGCUGGACGAACAAGAUAUGAUCAAGAAAUUAUGGAAUUAGUACUUCAUAAAAACGGCCUCAUGUUCUUCUACCUUCUGGUUCUGCUGCUCUAUUGUUUUGCUUGCACAGAGGGUCUCGACCGGAGAGAUUUUCCGGCCGGUUUUGUAUUUGGAUCAGGCUCAAGUGCCUACCAGUACGAAGGUGCAGCAUAUCAGCAUGGCAAAGGGACAAGCAUUUGGGAUACUUUCACUAGGAUGCAUCCAGAUAAGAUUAUAGACAAUAGUACAGGGGAUGUAGCUGAAGAUUUUUAUUAUCGUUUCAAGGAGGAUGUAGCUCUGAUGAAAGAAGUUGGUUUAGAUUCCUUUAGAUUCUCCAUCUCGUGGUCCAGAGUACUACCUAAGGGAAAACUUAGCGGAGGAAUAAACCCAGAAGGUGUGAGAUAUUACAAUGAACUCAUCGAUGAGCUCCUAUGUAAUGAUAUAAAACCAUUUAUAACUUUAUUCCAUUGGGACCUUCCACAAGCACUUGAAGAUGAGUAUGGUGGAUUCCUGAGCACGAAGAUUGUGAAUGAAUAUCACGACUAUGCGGACUUCUGCUUCAAACAAUUUGGGGAUAGAGUCAAGCAUUGGGCCACUUUCAAUGAGCCAAAUACUUUCAGCAGCGAAGGAUAUGCAACUGGAAACACAGCACCGGGUCGAUGUUCAACCUAUGAAGGAAAUUGCGCGGCUGGGAACUCUGCGACGGAACCCUAUGUUGUAGCGCAUAACAUCCUUCUUUCUCAUGCAACCGCUGUAAAAUUGUACAGAGAAAAGUACCAGGCUUCUCAAAUGGGGGACAUUGGGAUUACUGUAUCAACUUUUUGGAUGGUGCCCAAAUACCAAACAGAUGCUAGCACCAAAGCUGCCGCUAGAGCUCUUGAUUUUGCUUUUGGAUGGUUUGUCAAUCCAGUUACAUGUGGUGACUAUCCAGAGUCCAUGCGAGCUUUGGUGGGAAAUCGACUGCCCAACUUUACUGAAGCAGAAUCCAAUAUGCUAAAGGGGUCUUUUAAUUUUCUUGGGGUAAAUUACUACACUGCAAGAUAUGCAGAUGACUCUACAUCCUCUAGUUGCGUCAAUCUAAUUUACACAACGGAUAGCCAUGUAAAUCUAACCACGGAGAAAGAUGGCAUUCCUAUUGGUGAACCGACCUCUACUUCUUGGCUUUACAUAUAUCCAAGGGGAAUCCAAGAACUUACGCUAUAUGUAAAGAGGAAUUUCUGUAAUCCACCUAUUUUCAUCACAGAAAACGGAUUUAUUGAUGUAAAUAAUAGCUCGUUGCGGAUUGAAGAUUUUCUCAGUGAUAGCUCAAGGUUAAAAUACAUUCGCCUCCAUCUAUCAAGUCUCUUAAACGCUAUCAAGGAUGGAGUUGACGUUAAAGGGUAUUACAUCUGGUCAUUUCUCGAUGACUUCGAAUGGGAAUUGGGAUAUACAUUGCGGCUUGGCAUCAAUUACGUAGAUUUCAAAAACGGGUUGAGAAGAUAUAUGAAACACUCUGCUUUAUGGUUCAAAGAUUUUCUUCAACAGGAAAACAUGAUCACAAGGCCGAAAAUGUUGUCCUUUCAGUAAUUAAAUCGGAAGAGAAUGAGGUAUUAUGCUAGAAUAAUGGUUGUAAUAUGUUAUACUUGUAACGCCCCAAAUGGAUCUUGGUUGGGAGUGUUAACACUCAUGUAACUUCUCAUCAAAGGAUAUUAAGGCUCCGUUUGGAUAUUGAA